AUGACGCUAGAAGGCAGUGUUGCAGAAGAUUUGUAUUCACAUGUAAAACAGAAAACCUGCCGCAUGUCUCCUGUAGUUGUGUACAGCAAAUCUAUUCAAAAUCACGUUUACAUCGAAUUUAGGGAAGAAAUACCUUUGAACAUACACCCUAACGUUUUUCUUUUGUUUUCUUUAUCACCUAGCUUGAGAGAAAAGUAUGGUAAAUUGUAUUCCAUGAAGGUGGGGAGUUUUAAAACCGUCGUUGCCGAGGAUGCUGCUUCAGUGAAAGAAGUGUUGGUGAAGAAAUCGGCUGAUUAUGCUGGAAGACCUCCAUUCCAUAGCUUCGUGAUGACCACUCUUGGCGGAAAGGAUAUCGCAUUUGGAAAUUAUGGUCCUGCAUGGAAGUUUCAUCGCAAACUCUUUAUGACGGCGGUGCGAAAGUAUAUCUCGGAUCAAGAGCUGGUUGAAGAAAGAAUCUCCGAGCAAGCAAAAAGGCUUCUGCAGUACUUUGAAGACCAGAAGGAAAAAGGUUUUGACCCAUCACAGAUUUUGAUGGAAAGCGUUGCAAACGUCAUCUGUCGAAUCACGUUUGGAAAGCUCUUUGAUUCAUCACAUCCAGAUUUUAAGGAACUCUUGGAGAUAAACAACAGAGCCUUUACAGACACCGAAUUGAAUAGUCAAAUAUUUAUGUUAGAUAACUUUCCCAUAGCCAAAUACCUCCCAUUCAAAGCUUACGAAACAGAGAAAAAAAUGACUGAUCGACUCUUUGAGAUUCUGCGCAAUCAGCUAAGGGUGCAAGAGAAAGCAUUUGAUCCCGAAGCGGAGAUCGAGAGCCUCACUAGUAGCCUUUUGAAGGAAAAACUUGUCGCCGAAAAUGAAGUUGGCACUGGGGAGAAAGCAGCCAUCUUGUCCGACGACUACAUAAUCAACACCAUGGAAGACAUGUUCAGCGCUGGUUAUGAGACCACCAGCACUACUCUUCGUUGGGCCAUUGCUUACUUAGUUCACAAUCCUGACUGUCAAACAGAGAUUCAGAACCAGUUGGAUGAGGAGGUAGGGAGGGAUCGUAUGCCAGGUCUGGAUG